AUGAGGUAUGAGGCCAGCGGAGUUGGGGAGGCUGUCGUCCCUGUGCCUUCGAUGGACGUUGGUGGUACAGGCGUACAAGGAGCCCUCACAGCAGGACAAGAAUUAGAAUCAUUCAACAAUGAAAGACGAUGGAAGCCAGUCUCGGCAGAGGGUUGUGCCCUCGAGCGUGUUGUGCCCGAAGACAAGAGAAACUGGAAGCAGACGCAGACUGCCGCGUUGCAUCUACCAGAGCUGCCCACGCCUCUGCACUCGGCUGCCUUCUCCCUGGACACCCCGGCUUUGGCUGUCUCCUUGGACGGCGGGGGACUUAUCUUCUUCGACCUGUGCGCUGCCAACACGGCAGUUGCCGCAGCGCCGGAGCACGUUGUUCCCUUCAAAGAGGAAGUGGUGUCUCUGUUUCUCAGUCAUUCGGGCCGCUCUGUAGUGGCAGUAGGGCGCGUCGGUCUCGUGAUGGUUGCCAGCACGCUUUACUCGGAGUGUCUACAGUACACACGACUGCAGUGGCCAGCGAGGCCGCAUGAUGGCUUCAGCUGCCCUGUUGCGCCGUCUCAUGAAAACCCGAACAGCAGCUGCUACGGCAACAGCUGCAGAUUCGACCAGCAUUGGUGUUCGCGUCGGAGCUGCGAAGUGGCGGAGGCCCAGGUCUCUCAUGCUGAAUCUGCCCACACAUCCCCCAGUGCAAUCGGCACUGAAGUCUCGGCAUGUGUUUUGCUGGCGGAUGUCUUGCUGCAUCCCAGAGCGCCGGAAAGUGCAGACAUCUUCUACGUGGCAAUUACGUCGCCAACGCAUGGAUUGAUGGUCCUCAACAUUAUCUUGAGCGAGCCUGAGUACACGCACGAGUUCUCCGCCUCCCUACUCCUCACUAGACACCUUCCCGGCUGCUUCUCCGGCCUCAGUGCAACAACCGCGCCACUGCCCGAAGGACUCCUCUUUCCAGCAGACCAGCAGCAGCAACAGCCGCCACAGCAGCUGCCACGACAGCAAUCGCAGGUGCUGCGGAAUGAGGGGCUGUUGUCGCUUGAUUCUCUGGCAUCCGUGGAGCUGAGGGGCACGUACCUGACCCGUGUAGAGGAAGCUUCCCGCGAGGACCUUUCGACGUAUGCGGGAACUAAUGUACUUUUUUUGGCAUGUCUGUCACCGCGUUCCAGGCUGUUGACUCUCGUAUGUCUCAUUCCUAAUGCUUACGAGUACCCGGGUUGCGAUGUGCAUGCAACAGUCGUAGAGCUAGCACCCAUGGGAGACCUCGGGGGGCCUCCAGAAGAACUCUCUGGGGCCCCUUGGCCGCGUCAUGGGGGCCUCGUGCUGACCUGGUUGGGGGGCGAAGGAGAGGCAACCGACUUGGGAGCUGUCGCCGAGGACGAAGAGGGAGAAAUAGAGAGAGAAACCGAAGAGGCACUCCUCAGCAAACAAAGGGAGUGCUGCCGACGCUACAGGAGACUCCUCUGUGUUGGGGCCUCUACGAGCUCCGUCUUUGUUUGAGUCCUCGCCUGCAGCAGUGGCCCCCACCUGCUGAACCUCUUUGAAUUUACGCUUCUACCCAAUCCCGACCUCUUUGCGCUGCCUCCUGAGAGCGCCUCGGCUACAGAAACGGCUGGAGAAAAUGAUGCAGGGGCCCUCAGCCGCCAGCAGCAAGCAGCCUUUGAUGCGGAGCACCACGCAGCAGCAAGCACGCAAUACAUCGCGCACCUGCAAGCCGCCUUCUCUAAUGCGGCUGCCGCUGGUGCGGUUGCCAGGUCGCAGCAAGCAGCAGCCGAACCACAAAAUUCAAGCGUCGUUGUGCAUCACAACGCAGAACUUCAAAUGCAGCACCUCAUGCAGCCGUCUCUUCGGGAAGCGGCAUCAGGAGGAGCAUCAGAAAAUCCGCAGCAGGACGCAGCCCUUAAGCGGCAGAUCGAACAGAUCACCGCUGACCUGGAGGCUUGCACUCUGAACAAUCGGCAGCUGGAGCGUAUGCAGCAACAGCAACUGCGGCAACAGGCCGACAGCCGACCCCCCUGGAAUAGCCGUUUCUCUGUCAAGGGAUCAGAGUAUGACCACCUUUUUGCGUGA